AUGGCAAGGAAAAAUCUGGGUUGUUCAUCAUCAUCAUCAUUUCUUGUUCUUCUUGCUGUUGGUUCAUUCUUUGCUACAUAUAAUUUAAUAACAUUAGUGGUUCACAAUAGAACAGUGAAUCAUGGAAAAUAUACUUUUGAUCCUCUUGUUGUGAUGCCUGAUAAUAUGAAGAAAACCGGGGGUAAAAAGGUCUUAUUCCAUGUUGCACUCACAGCUACAGAUUCUCCUUACAGCAAAUGGCAAUGCAGGAUUAUGUAUUAUUGGUAUAAAAAGACAAGAGAUAUGGAGGGAUCAGAGAUGGGAAAGUUCACUAGAAUCCUGCAUUCUGGACAACCGGAUAAUUUGAUGGAUGAAAUUCCAACUUUUGUGGUUGACCCUCUUCCAUCAGGGUUGGAUCGAGGAUAUAUAGUUUUAAAUAGACCUUGGGCAUUUGUGCAAUGGCUGGAGAGGGUAACCAUUGAAGAAGAAUACAUAUUGAUGGCAGAGCCUGACCACGUAUUUGUAAAUCCACUGCCUAACUUAGCUCGUGGAGAAUAUCCAGCUGGAUUUCCUUUUUUUUACAUCAAGCCUGAUGAAAAUGAAAAUAUAAUUAGAAAAUAUUAUCCUAAGGAGAAAGGACCAGUUACUAACGUUGACCCAAUUGGUAAUUCUCCUGUUAUUAUAAGAAAGGAUAUUCUUGAAAAAAUAGCUCCCACAUGGAUGAAUGUUUCUUUAAGAAUGAAGGAUGAUCCUGAGACUGAUAAAAAAUUUGGAUGGGUACUAGAAAUGUAUGCGUAUGCUGUGGCCUCUGCUUUGCAUGGUGUUCAACAUAUUCUUCGGAAAGAUUUUAUGCUCCAGCCCCCAUGGGACUUGGAAAUAGGCUAUAGGUUUAUCAUACAUUACACUUAUGGAUGUGACUACACCAUGAAGGGUGAGCUUACAUAUGGAAAGAUUGGAGAAUGGCGAUUUGACAAGAGAUCACAUCUGCGGGGCCCACCACCAAGAAAUAUUUCCAUGCCUCCACCUGGGGUUCCUGAAAGUGUGAGGACUCUUGUAAAGAUGGUGAAUGAAGCUACUGCCAACAUUCCGGGAUGGGAUACAACAUAACAGAUUGUUGGAUAACUGAAGCUUGUUUCGUUUAUAGAGGAAAAAUACAUCGGAGUGAUUUAAUAUUUAUACAAAAAAAAACUUGGGAUUAAAGUAGUUUGUCUAAAUUAAAUGAAACGCGUUUUAAUACAAGUUAUAUAAGAACUAACACAAGCUAUUGGGAUGCGUUAUGAAUGUAAGUUGAUAAAAUUUUUGGUUGGUG